AUGAGUUUAAUUUUAAAACACGAACAACACAAAUUCGAAGGAGACGGAUUCUUCUCAGCUUUAUCGUCUCUCAUCCCAAAAGUAGCCAACUUUGUCUCCAAAUUCCUCAUUUCAUCUGGAGCGCAAGCUCUUAGAGCGGUAGCAAAAGCAGGAGUAAAUAUAAGCGAAACAGUGAAAAGAUCAACUAUUAACACUGUCUCAAUUUUGUUAAGCUGGAAGAUUAGGAAUAUAAUCAUACAAAAUCAAGACACAAGUUUAAUAGAUGCCAACAUUUCAUACCACGAAGAAUAUUUAAAACAUCGCAGGCAGUGGGAGAUACUACCAAACUCUGUGACAAAUAUCCGAGGUUUCAAAAUUGUUCAUAGAGAUAUUGAAAAUAGAACAAGUGCGGCAGGUGCAGCAACUGGUGGAAUAUCUGCCGCAGUCAAAGCUGCCAACGCAAAGAAAGCAGCUGAUGCUAAAGCCACUGAAGAACGCAGACUUAAUUUAAUAAUGGAAAAGGAAGUUAAAGGUUCAGGAGUGGGACAUAUGAUAGGCACAAUAAAAGAAUUUGGAAAAAGAUUUGGGGAAGAAACCAAGAAAACUGUUAAACAAGGAUUAAAUAAAUUAGUAGAUAGUAUUGACACAGGAGAAGUCAAAGUCAAACAUAAGGGUAAUGGAAUAUUUGUAAAAAAUAUACACACUGGAGAAGGAUUAUCUCUUUCAAAGUAUAAAGGAGGAGUGAUUUUUGGAAAUAUAGAAUAA